GGGCAAGGUUGCGAGCUCCCCUGCUCUCAUGACCCUGCCUUCUCAUGCGAGCUACCCUGUGGUAACCCUCUUGCAUGCGGUAACCACGCGUGCCAGCUGGCGUGCCACGUCAUCACCCGCCCGCGAACCGCAGACGGGCAGAGAGUGCUGGUGGCAGGCGAGGGAGAUGAGGGAGGAGAGGAGGAGGAGGAGGGAGGAGUGAGGGAGGUGGAAGAGGGGGGAGAGGAGGGGAGGAAUUUGCUUCGUGACACUUGCUACCCAUGCAAGCGAGCAUGCCAGAAGCCCAGGGACCCUCCAUGCGUGCAUCCCUGCCCGGAGUCGUGUCAUCCGGGCAGCUGCCCGCCGUGCAAAAACCCUUUAAGGAAACGGUGCUACUGCGGCAUCAUGACCCAUGCCAUCGAGUGCGGCCAAUGGGGUGCCGCCACGGAGGCAGAGAGAAUCAAGAUGGUGUCUUGCACCGGGCCCUGCCACAAGAAGCUGCCCUUUUGUUCGCACAUGUGUGUGGAAAUGUGUCAUCCGGGCCCCUGCCCCAAGCCCACGCAGUGCCGCAAGAAGGUAACGGUGCGCUGUGCAUGCCUGCGGCUCAAACGAGAGUGGCUCUGCUCCCAAAUGAGGCUGUUUCAUCCUUACAAGGUGCGGCGCUGCGCCAUCAUCGCCUCCCCUCCUGCUGCUGCUUGCUGCUGGGGUGGGCCUCAAGGCACCACUUUCACUCACCCCCUUUCGCUUCUCUCACUCACCCCCUUUCGCUUCUCUCACUCGCUCCCUCUUCUCUCACGCAUCCCAUCCCAACCAACCCUCCGCCCACCCCCUUCGAUCGCCCAUCACCAGGGGUUCAUUCCUCCUGCUGUGCGGCGCUGGGCCCUCACCCCCCUAUCCCAACCCUUCUCCCCCCCUUCCCCAUCCCCUUCGAUCGCCCAUCACCAGGGGUUCAUUCCUCCUGCUGUGCGGCGCUGGGCCCUCACCCCCCUAUCCCAACCCUUCUCCCCCCCUUCCCCACCCCCUUCGAUCGCCCAUCACCAGGGGUUCAUUCCUCCUGCUGUGCGGCGCUGGGCCGUCAUCAUCACUCUCCUUUGCCUACUCCUGCUGCUGCUGAUUGCGGCUGGGGUGGGUCUCAAGGCGCUCUCUGAUUGGAUGAAUGAGCGCGACCGCCUCCGCCCUAGAAAGUCGUUCCGUUACUAG